GGGGGGGGAGGCUUCCCCCGGCCCCCCCCCCUUUAGCCGGCGCUGGGGGCGGCCCGAGCCGUGCCGAGCCGUGCGGGUGCCCGCAGCAUGGCCGGGCUGCCCGGCGCCGUGCGGACUCGGAGCGGCUCCCCCGGAGCCUCCGCCGCGCUGCCCGCCCCGCGCCUCGCCGCCCUCGACGGCGCCUUCCUGUGCUCGCCGCUCGGGGGGCUGAUGGGCGCCCAGGCCGUGCUUGGCCUACUGGUGUGGGCUCUCAUUGCCGACACGACCUACCACCUCCACGCAGCAUACGGCUGGGUGAUGUUUGUGUCCAUCUUCUUCUGGGUAGCAACAGUCCUCCUCUUCGUGACCUACCUCCUGCAGCUUCCACUGAAGUUCUACGUGAUCCCCUGGCCCCUCGUGCUGGUGAUCUUCAACGCUGCAGCAACCAUUCUGUACAUCACCGCCUUCAUAACGUGCUCCGCAGCCGUCCAGCCUACCUCGUGGCGCCAGUGGGAUUACAACAGAAGAGCCGCAGCGUCUUUCUUCGCCGGCCUCGUGAUGCUCACCUACGGGGUGAGCACGUUCCUCAGCUUCCGUGCCUGGAAAGGACUUGGCAGCAACGCAGCCACCAGCCAAGUGACCAACCGCGCAUGAGGAGCAGCGCGCACCCGGGCAGGGUGGCUCAGUGCAGCACGUCACCGAGCCACUCGUGCCACUGGGGCUCUUUCUCCAUUGACAGUGGUGGCAGCAACCAUCGCUGCUGGCCCACGUGCCAGGGUCAUGUGGAAGCUGUUCUGUGGUCUCAGGUGAUGCUUCUAGCUGACGUGUCCACAGGGCAAUCCCACCAUGGCUGGUGCCAUCACCGGCAGCCAGGAGGCUGAGGGCUCACCGGAGGCUGAAGCUCCUGCAUGUCCUUGGGACUUGUUCCUGCCCUCACACACCCCAGAGGAACCAGAGCCUCACUGGAGCAGCACUGCUGAGGGGAUUUAUUUGGCAAACUCCAGUACUAGAACUCACUGAACCACGCUCAGGAGCUCAGGUUCCUGUCUCUGGUCAUUUGCAGCCACAAUGUAAAUAAGUGCAAUUAACUUGUAUCGAUGGGGGCAGAGCUGAAGAAUGAAGGCUAAGCCAAGGAAGAAGUCUAAACUAUUACUGUAUUGCUUAAAAAAAAAUGGAAGCAGAAAUUUUAUGCUUUAAAUAAAAAUCUUCUUAAAUCUAACUUUUGAGUCUGUCAAGAAAAUAAACCUCUUUUUAUGAGAAAGAAGAUGGCAGGUACAUCCACAGAAUGGAAAGUGGAGAUUUCACUGGCCCAGAAGACCACCAUUCCCUAGCGUGUACAGGUGUUACAACCCAGCCCACAGGGAGAAGGCACAAAGUCCACGGGCUCAUGGUACUUUGCUGCAUUCUUGUACCAUGAGCACAAGAACACCAGGAGUGCAAAGGCUUUGCUGUGCUCCCUCCUGUAGACAAAAAGGUCUCGGUGCUGCACAAGGCACUGAGUUAAUGUUUCCACCACUUCCCUUUCAGAAUUUGCUUUAGCAAGGCAGUUAUGUCUGUUAGCUACAGGUGGUCUUCAAAAAGCCAAACUGAGGCUGCAAAUGCUCUGGGAGCAAGGUCAGAGCCUUAAGAGUAGGCUGACCCAUACACGAACACAGAACCACGCCGCACCACCACUGCUGGAGACAAGUUCAGUUUUAGGAUCUUGGAGACAGGCUGGCACUCGUCAGAACUAGAACUGAUGCCCAGCCAGACACAGCAACGUUUCCUUUCACAUCCUUCUUGUACAAGCUAGUAGAAACAGAAGAAACAAAUUUCAUGUAUUUACAGAAAGCUGUCACACAGUAAGCUAUACUGCAAUCUUACCACAUAGCCUGUUUGCAUGGAUCUAAUUUUAACAACUGGUCUCCAGAGGUAGGCUCAGGAAAUUUAGCUACAUAACGAAAGGUAGGAAUAUAAAAGGGAUUGAAUAAACUCCAUUAGCCCCUGACAGAUCUGCUUUAAUUUGCUGUGGAAGAAGAGGGGGGUAAAUGAAGCGUCAGGUUUUACCAGCUAUAAAUACAUGUUAAAAAAAAUCAGUAAGAAAAUUAGCAUCUUUAUGAAUUUUUGUGACCAAGUUAAAACUCUUAAAAAGUAAAGUCAGACUUGCACACAGAUAGUCCAUCAUAUAUAGAAAUUUAAUCUCUUAAAAAAAGACCCUCUGCCUGAUGGAAAACACAUCGAGCCAGAGCCUAGUCGUGGAAAUGUCACAGAGAGAUGAGAAGUACAGCAUAUAUUCUUCACAUACAGAAGAGCAGUAUGGAAGGAGAAAGGAUUUGGUCUGAAUGGCUCCACUCAAACUGUGGGAGUUUUGUUGCAAACUUCAGUGGUGAAGACUGUGGUCUAAAAUUGAAAUGAAGAAGGAGCAACAACAA